UGAUUUCUUCUAAUCGUAGAAAAACACGCAGAGAAGAAUAUUAAAAAAGAAAAGAGAGACAAAGAGAAGGAAGGACACAGAGAAAAGGGACAAAAAUGAUCGAAUCAGAGAUAAACACAAGGAAAAGAAGGAUCAAAAGCAUAAAGACAGGAAAAACGAAAAGGAAUGGGACAAAGGCAGGACAUCACAAGACCGAAAAGCUGAAGGUCUAUCCCAGGGUCACAAUGAGUUACAUAUCAAAGAAAGCUUGCAGAAGACUGAAGAAGAGUUGGGCAAGAGGUCUAAAGAUGAAGGGGUAGAAAAUCCAAUGGUUGGGAGAAAGUUCGAAGGGGCGGCCGGCACUGCUAACGCGUCACUGGAAAACGAAAGAGUUGCGGCUAGCCAGGCGUUUUCUGUUCAGGUUGUUUCAGUGCAAAGAAGAAACGAUAGAAGUGAAAAUUUUGCCAUUUCUCUUCAAAAAGAAGCCGAGUAUGUUCGCACAGAAGCUACAAUGGACAAGGAAAGAAGUAGAAUGCAUGGAAGCAGGGAUACCGUGCCAAGUCGAAAUCAUGCGAUAUCCAGAUCAACGGAAAGUGUUUCUGAUUUGGUUAUUAGAAAAACAGGAGGAGGCUCUACAGCUGACAUGGAGAAGGAAAAAUGCGGUGAAAGAAGUGUGGUUUCAAAUUCUGUUGUACCUGGGCCUGACAGGAGGAAAGUUCUUGGUGCAAGAACCUUGGCUUCGACUUCCCUUGCUACAGUUCAAAGAAGAAAGGUUGUUUUGGGCAUGCCAGUGGAAAAUCUCUCCUCCAUUCAUGGAAAGACCGAGAUUCAUAUCAAUGUGGUUCUUCUCUAUAUGCAGUGACUGGUUUUAUCUCCUGUACUUCACAGAAAAUGAUGAACGGCCUGGAAAGAUACCAAGGUUAUGGGAACUACAUCUCACGGCUCCAUCUAGCAUUUCCUUGAGACCGGAUCGAUUAUUAGAAAACAAGGAAAGAUUGGUAAAUGGCAACGUAAUUUCCAAGUAUCUAAGCCAGAUCUACACCGUUCCGAAAAUGGUGGAAUAUCCCGAGCUUGAUAACCAGGAAUGGCUUUUCAACCUCCAUGAUUCUCUGCAGAAGUCUAAAAUAGAGCUCAAGGCUGAGAAAAUACCCCAGGUAUUUGCCCAGGCAACGCGGAUUGAUUCGGCUGAUAUAUUAGCUCUGCCAUAUGUAGUUCCAUUCUGAUGCAGAGCCCUACAUUGGGUACCCAUAUCCACACCCAUCAAUAUUUUAUAUUAUUGCUAUCCUCACUACGUAGUGUGCAUCACUUAACCACGCUGCUACUACGAUAAAUUCUGAUAUGGCUUGAAAGUUUGCAAUCUGAGCAAAGGGCAACAAGCCUCAGGGCCAUCAGUCCGUGGUAGACUGCGUUCAAAAAGCAUGGAAAGUGGAUGGGCAUAGGUGAGCACGGCAUACCGAAAGUCAUCAUAAAUGGGCGUGGGUGGGCGAAGUCCGUUCGAGUAAAGCAUGGGUACCCAACCAGGACCCCAUAUAGGGCUUUGUUCUGAUGAUUCUUCCUGAUGUCUAGAGACUGUGAUUUCUGUUUUCUUUGGUGCUCCUGCCUUCACUUGUUUCUAUUCUUUCAGUUAUGUGUAUUAGGGUUUUAUAAAGGAAGUUUGCAUUCUAUUGGCAAUACUAAUAUUGCAUUGAAGAACGGACCUUGGAAAGGCUGGAGUGGUCUUUACAUCACAAUUUUGAUUUUUAUUUGUAAAUCUUUUUAGUAGAAGAAAAUGUACAAUAGAUCCAAGCUGCUCUAUGGCAGCAGAGCUGCUCCUGUAAGUUUCUGAUGUUUUGGGAAGUGCUCAAGUGACGCAUGAAUCUGAUAUGUAAUUUAAUUCAAA